AUGGGGAAGCUGAUCAAAUUUUGGGGACAGGAGAAGAGGUUAGUUCGACGGAAGAGACUUCAGUGGAAUCGAGUUCUCUUCCUUUUGGGCAUGAUACUCAUUGGCUCUACUUACCAGUUUUUGAGGAGCCACUGGACCCUUCCUACAGUAUGGACAGUCAUGUAUUCCCAGCAGCCAAUGAAAAUGGUGAGCCGGGACCUUCUUAACAGUGAAACAGUAACAUCGAGCAGCGGUCAUGAGAAAUCCAGUCUAGCAAUGGAAGGUAGUACAUUGAAUCCCCAAGUUACAGAAGACAGGGACAAGUUAACACCUUCAACAACAGUGGCAAAGAAAAACCUAAAUACACCUAGGAGAAUAGUGAAUAACUCUACCCCAGUGACUCAAGUGAUACCUAGGAGAAGGAAGAAAAAUUAUACCUUAACAACAGGCAAGCAAAUUGUGAAGAACUAUACUACAACCCCAACCAGUAGAAAUGUUCAGAACCCUACCUCAACUACACCUAAAAGAAUUGAGAACUACAUGAUUAUCCCCAACACAACAGUGAAAAACAAUGACACAAUGACAACUAGGAAAACAGUGGAAAGGAAGCUUCUGGCUACCCCCAAAAGAACAGUGGAGAAUACCCCAGGGACCCCCAAAGGAAUAGUUGAGCAUACCCCAACUACUCUAAAAAGAAUAAUAGAGAACACUGUCUCAUCUCCUCCAACAAAAGUAGUGGAAAAAACAACUCCAACAAUUCCUAAAAGAAUAAAGGAGAAUACCCCAGCUGUCCCCAAGAAAGUAGUGGAGAACACUCCAACUACCCCCAAAAGACUACUGGAGACCACCCCAACUUCCCCUAAGAGAGCAGUUGAAAAGAACACUCCAGCUAUCCCCAAGAGAGCAGUGGAAAACAUGCCAAGUACCCCCAAAAGAGAAGUGGAGAAUACCCCAACUACCCUCAAGAUAGCAGUGGAGAAGAACACCCCAACCACCCCCAAGAGAGCAGUGAAGAACACCCCAGCUACCUCCAAGAGUGUAGUGAAAAAGAAGAAUUCAGGUGCUUCAAAAAGAAGAGAAGCAGACAAUGCCCCAACUGUUUACCAGAUAAUGACAAAGACAGGCACCAUGGUACCCAGCACAACAGUGGAGAUCAAUACUUCUCCUGGAUUAGGUAUUGUGAAUACCCCAACCAGAGCUAGGGUUCUGACAUCAAGAACCUCCUCAAGCAGGGGGAUGGUGAAGAGAACCUCGACAGCCACUCUCAGGGAAGGAGCACACAACACAACAUCAUCUGCCAUGGCCAUUGUUGCCCCUACCACCCAUAUUCGGUACUGUGUGUUUGUAGAGCCUGUCCCAACAGUUCCUGCCAGCCUUUCCCCUUCAACAGGCAUAAACCCUUUCCUUGAUGAGGCUAACCAUACCUCCACCACAGCCCCUAAGCUGCUGGACCUUCACCCCAAGGCAGAAUACCCUCCAGAUCUAUUCAGUGUGGAGGAGCGGAGGCAAGGCUGGGUGGUCCUACACGUGUUUGGAAUGAUGUAUGUGUUUGUGGCAUUGGCUAUCGUGUGUGAUGAAUACUUUGUCCCAGCCUUGGGGGUCAUCACUGAUAAGCUACAGAUCUCAGAGGAUGUGGCUGGAGCCACCUUCAUGGCUGCGGGGGGCUCUGCUCCUGAGCUCUUCACCUCACUCAUUGGUGUUUUCAUUUCUCACAGCAAUGUGGGCAUUGGCACAAUUGUGGGCUCUGCUGUGUUCAACAUCCUCUUUGUCAUUGGCACUUGUGCCCUAUUCUCUAGAGAAAUCCUCAACCUCACCUGGUGGCCCCUCUUCCGUGAUGUCUCCUUCUAUAUCUUUGACUUGAUGAUGCUCAUCAUCUUCUUCUUGGACAGUCUGAUCACCUGGUGGGAGAGCUUAUUGCUUUUGAUGGCCUAUGCCCUCUAUGUCUUUACAAUGAAGUGGAACCGACAACUGGAAGUCUGGGUGAAAGAACAGCUCAACAGGAGGACAAUGGCCAAGAUUAUGGUUGGGACAGGUCUCAGCAAGACAGGUAAUGGGGACAUCGCUGUGGAUGACCUAGAAGAUAGCAAGAAACUGAAGCUCCCGUCCAUUCUGACCCGAGGAAGCGGUGCAGCCUCGCUACACAACAGCACCCUCCGCAGUACCAUCUACCAGCUCAUGCUGCACACCUUGGACCCCCUAGGGGAAGUAGAAGAACCUGCAGAGCCCGAUGAGGUUCCACCAGUCAAAGUUUCUCCAGCCUCUGCUGUGCACACUGCCAAAGAUCAUGAUGAGCCAACCCCUGAUGGGCAGGAGGGUCCAGAUGCUGGAGCAAAUGAUAAAGGUGAAGAUGAAGUUGCAGGCGAAGGUGAAGCUCUAGGUGAAAAUGAAGAUGAUUCUGAGGAUGAAACUAGAGGUGUAGAGGAAGUUGAAAACCAAGCAGUAGAAAAUAAUGAAGAUGAAGGUCAAGGUGAAACCAAAGGUGAAGAUGAACCCCAAGGUCAAGAUGAAGAUGAAACUCAAGGUGAAGGUGAAGGUGAAGGUGAUGCUGAGGAUGAAACCAGAGUUCUGGAGGAAGUUGAAAACCAAGCAGUAGAAAAUAUUGAAGUUGAAGGUCAAGGUGAAACCAAAUGGGAAGAUGAACCUGAAGGUCUGGACAAAGGUGAAACUCAGGGUGAAGAUGAAGGUGAAAUCCAAGGGGCAGAUGAUGCUGAAAUUGAAGGGGAAGGUGAAACUCAAGGUCAAGGUACAGAGGAAGGUGAUGAGAAGGGUGAAGAAGACCAUGGAGAGGGAGGUGCAGGGGAAGGUGCAGCAAGAGAUGAAGAAGGUGUAGAAGGUGAAGAAGAAGGUACAGGAGGAGGCACAGAGGAAGGUGAAGAAGGUAGAGAAGAUGGAGAAGGUGAAGAAGAAGGUGUAAAGGAAGGUGAAGAAGGUGGAGAAGGUGAAGAAGAAGGUGUAAAGGAAGGUGAAGAAGGUGGAGAAGUUGAAGAAGAAGGUGUAAAGGAAGGUGAAGAAGGUGGAGAAAAGGAAGGUGAAGAAGGUAGAGAAGAUGGAGGUGAAGAAGAAGGUGUAAAGGAAGGUGAAGAAGGUGGAGAAAGUGAAGAAGAAGGUACAGGAGGAGGAGCAGAGGAAGGUGAAGAAGGUAGAGAAGAUGGAGGUGAAGAAGAAGGUGUAAAGGAAGGUGAAGAAGGUGGAGAAGGUGAAGAAGAAGAAGAAGAAGGUGAUGAUGACAGUGAAGAUGAGGAUGAGGAAGAAGAUGAAGAGGAAGAAGAUGAAGAAAAUGAGGAGCCUCUGUCACUAGAAUGGCCUGAAACAAGGAGUAAGCAGGCCAUUUACCUCUUCCUUUUACCCAUCGUGUUCCCUCUGUGGCUGACGGUUCCAGAUGUCAGGAAACCGGAAUCUAAGAAGUUCUUUGUGAUCACGUUUCUGGGCUCCAUCCUGUGGAUAGCCAUGUUCUCAUACCUCAUGGUGUGGUGGGCUCACCAGGUUGGGGAAACAAUUGGAAUUUCUGAAGAGAUUAUGGGUUUGACAAUCCUAGCAGCAGGCACUUCAAUCCCUGAUCUCAUUACAAGUGUUAUUGUUGCCAGGAAAGGCCUAGGAGACAUGGCUGUGUCCAGCUCAGUGGGCAGCAACAUAUUUGACAUCACUGUGGGUUUGCCAGUUCCUUGGUUUCUCUUCUCUCUCUUCAAUGAGCUACAGCCUGUUCCAGUGAGCAGCAAUGGCUUGUUCUGUGCAAUUGUUUUGCUCUUUCUCAUGCUCCUGUUUGUGAUCUCUUCGAUUGCAUCCUGUAAAUGGAGGAUGAACAAAAUCCUAGGAUUUACCAUGUUUCUCCUUUACUUCAUAUUCUUGAUUGUCAGUGUAAUGUUAGAAGAUCGAAUCAUAUCCUGUCCCAUCUCCAUCUGA